AUGCCCGUCUCUGCUACCAACUGGGCCGACGAGGUCGACGGCGAAGAUCAGCCCCAGACCUUCACCGAUGCCAACGGCAUCACCACCACCAUCGAAUACAGAACUAACGAGGAUGGCAAGAAAGUCAAGGUUACCCGCCGCACUCAGAAGAAGUUGAUCCACGAUGUUGUGAACAAGGCCGUCGCUGCCCGCAAGAAGUGGCCCAAGUUCGGAAAGGAGAAGGGAAACCGCCCCGGCCCCGACCCAGCAACAACCAACGUUGGUGAUAACAUCAAGUUGAAGCUUUCGUCGACAGGCGAUGUUGUUCAGGAUGUGGAUGAGAAGCACGAGGCUAUGAAGGCACAGCUCCAGAACAAGAAGAUUCUCUGCCGUAUCUGCAAGGGCGAUCAUUUCACCACAAAGUGUCCCUACAAGGAUUCGCUCGGCAUGGAGGAUGCCGCCGCCCCCGUCGCUGCCGCCGAGGAGGCUGCCCCCGAGGAGCAGCAGACUGGCUCAAAGUAUAUUGCCCCCCACAUGCGCGCUGGAGCUUCUGGCCCCAAGAGUGGCGAUCGCGAUUCGAUGCGCGAGAAGCGCGACGAACAGCCCACGCUCCGUGUCACCAACUUGUCAGAGGAUGUUACCGAGGGCGAUGUCUCGGAGCUCUUCAAGCGUUUCGGUCACAUCUCCCGCGUCUUCUUGGCACGCGAUCGCGAGACCAACCAGUGCAAGGGUUUCGCCUUUGUCUCGUUCACAAUGCGUGAGGAUGCUCAGCGUGCGUUGGAGGCCAUUGACGGACGUGGUUAUGAUAAUUUGAUUCUUCGUGUGGAGUGGGCUAGGUAA